CAGGACCAGAGCGCAACUCGCCCACGCGCAAUCAAGAGUGUCCCAGCUUCUGGCGACGAGACUGGCAAUACAUGUGCUGUCUGUGAAGAGGCUUUCCAGCUUUUCUGGGCUGAAGAGGAGGAGCAGUGGCACUUCAGGGACGCCAUACGCAUCGAGAAUAAAGUGUACCACCCAGCCUGCUAUGAAGACUUCAAAAGGGCGGCAGAAGCACCUAGUCCUGUCAAAAUGGAGACUGAAGAAGCUCAGCCGGAAGCUGCCCCUCAAGAGGAAGAUAAGAGCAUGGACGUCGACUCCGGCGUCAAGGAAGAAGCUGCCAGCGAAGCGACAACCGAGGAGAGGCCCAUCGACCAGAGUGGCUCUGACGAGAAGCCCCCCGAGGAAAUGGCAGUGGACGAAGCUGCUGUUGUAGCGCCGGAGGGUACCGAGGGUAACGAGGCCGCUUGUGAUAAGGGGGGAUUACAAAUAAAAGAUGAGAAUGCUAGCGGCGAUAUGCAGGACGAUCCCGUAGUGGUAGUCGAUAAUCUCGGGGAGUUUGGGGUGUCUCUCAGUGACGCUGAACAGAACAAUGACGAAGAGGAGCGGCCGCCCGAGACAGUCGAGCCAAAGGUUGUGGUCAAAAGCACUGGGGGCAUUGUGAUGAAAGUGAAAGCAGAGAGCAUUCAGCCACCGAUCUCUCCCGUGGUCUCACUCGACAACUGCCGACGCGCCUGACACUGCCGAGGGCGGUGGCAGCAACGAGCCGGCAGCACCUGCGCCCGACGAGUCGGCAAGUGAUGAAGAGUUCCGGCCGCCUACUCCCGAUCCACGUUUUCAGUCACUGCCGCCAGUGCAAAGGGGGAACGAGCUAUCGGGGCUUUGCUGCAUUAUGUGACAGGGUUGUUGCCAGGAGCUCUUGUUUCAUUUGGCUGGCCUGAUGGGUUCAUCGACAAGUACGCGACUCAUUUGUAGGUUUACACUAGUCCUCUUUUAAACGACUAGGCAGUGCUUUCACUACAGCGUUAACGUAAUCAUGUGCAUGAAAGGCUCUUUUUUUUUAGCUAAGUUAACAGGGUGUUGAAGACGAGUUCAGAAUGCUGCAUUUGUGUACAGCAGGAAAAUUGUUUUAUUAAGAGCAGCAGUCAUUCACUUUUAUUUCCAAAUUGGCAUACACAAGAAAAGAUGCUGUACAUUGAUACUUCUUGGUGUGUAAUCCACUAGGGUGUCAAAACUGACUCGGGUAAGGACAAGUGGAACUCUGUACAGACCCAGACUGCCUUUGUAUAUAAAAUUCUUGUACAUAAGUAAAAGUUUUAUUUUCGUGUACAGAAGUGUACAAUAAAAACAAGUCACCUUUCUUCAA